GUGGGGGGAAACAGCUGAAGAAGCCAGCUAGUGUACGCACACACUCAGACACGCACGCACACACACAGAUUUUGGCCAGGAUCGGUUACUCAGACGGGUUCCUGGAAUCUCCCCUCUCUCCCUCACGCAGCACGAACGGACACAGUCGCAGACACUCCCUCCAAUCCUCAGAAGCUGGACGCUCGCUGGCCAGGACGCGGCUGGGAUAACUGGGAUAUCUGUGGAGAUAUUGUGCUUCCUUCUCGCCGUUGCAGAGUAACAACAUGGCUCUGAGGCCAAACCCAGACAGAGAGCCCAACAUCGAGCUUUUCAUUAAGGCCGGCCUGGAUGGGGAGAACGUGGGGAACUGCCCUUUCUGCCAGAGGCUCUUCAUGGUACUCUGGCUGAAGGGCGUCAAAUUCACAGUCACCACCGUCGACAUGAAGAAGAAGCCUGCAGAGCUGAAAGAUCUCGCUCCAGGGACAAACCCACCAUUUCUGCUGUACAAUGGCGAGCUCAAGACGGACUUCCUGAAGAUUGAGGAGUUCCUGGAGCAGACGCUGGCGCCCCCCAGGUACCCCCACCUCAGCCCCACAAACAAAGAGUCUUUUGAUGUCGGCGCUGACAUUUUUGCCAAAUUUUCGGCUUUCAUCAAGAACAGUCCGACCAGCAAAGUUCAUGAGAAGGCGCUGCUGCGGGAAUUCAAGCGCCUCGAUGAGUAUCUGAACGCACCCCUACCUGAAGAGAUCGACCACAAUUCUGCAGAGGAUGUCCUUGUCUCCAAAAGGAAGUUCCUCGACGGCAACAGGCUGACUUUGGCCGACUGCAACUUGCUGCCCAAACUCCAUGUCAUCAAGAUUGCUGCCAAGAAGUACUGUGACUUUGACAUCCCCGCCGAAUUCUCAAGUGUGUGGCGUUACCUGCGGAAUGCCUACGAGCGAGAGGAGUUCAGUCAGACAUGUCCUGCCGACGCUGAGAUCGAGAGGGCCUACCUGAGCGUGGCCAGCAAGAAGUGAACAGACCACAAGUAGACCGAAGCCUGCAGGCGAAUCGCACUAUGUAUAACAGUAUGAAACACACCAAGCAGGAAAUGACCACCGCCUCUUUUUGCUGGAUUUUCACCUCCUCCAUGUCUCUGGAGAGAACCUCAUUUCCAUUCCUUCAUCAACAGUCGUCUUCAAGCCCUGCAUAUAAACGAAGAUGAGGGUGCCUGGGAAUUUUGCCCGAUUCCAACAUUAGUAAACAAGCGACGGGAGGAAGCAUCUGUGUAGACCUCAGAAAAUAUAUUACCCCUCUGAGAUGCAACUUAGCUUUCCGCUAAGAACCCACCAGUCCUUCAAUAACUAACUUUACAGGAGAUGAACUUCUUAGCAUUUUCACUUAAAUGCAAAACGUUGUCAUAGAUAAACAACUUUAAAUCCAGUUACACGCAUUGUAUGUUUGAAUAGCUUCUCCUGCCUGUUAUGUUUAUAUGGCACAGAGAGUUCUGAUGUGCACUUAACUGUAUUUGUAAUAUGCAACUUUAUUUGAAUUUGUGUCCAUAGUGUAAAUAUACAUAAAUAUAUUUUCCUAUAUACUUUAUACUAAACACGCACUGUGGUGAUAGAGCUGAAUGAAAAUGAAGGAAAACAGCACAGUGGUUUUUAGCAUACCCUUCUUAGCAGAGGUUUAUUGAUUUGGUAGCUGGCAAAAACAUUUGUUGGUGGAACAGGAACAAGCAUCAAAUGGACCGAAUGGAAAUAAAAUCCAAUAAAGUUUUUCACUCACUAUG